UUAAGGUGCUUGCCUUAUUAAGUAAAAUAAAUAAAGAAAAAGAGGAAGAAGAAAAAAAUCAAGGAGGGGAAAGGGAAAUUGAAAUAAAUCAUCAAAUUUCUUUUAAUUUACUUAUAUUUUUAAAAAUUCAAUCUAAAAAAUUUAAUCAAAUAAAAUAAAAUGAACUAACCUCAAUAUAUAGAAAAGAGUACACAAUAAAAUUAGACAUCUAACUAAUCAGGCUCUUAAGAAAAUGUGAAAAGCGACUACUCAGGUUAGCAAAGCAAUUAAUAUGAUAACCCAGGCGGCCAUACUAUGAACAGCAGUUAUAAUAAUAAUAGAUACUAAAAGAAUAAUAAGCCUUACAAUAAUAAUAGAGGUGGAUAAUAGUCAUAAUAGUAUAGCGGAAACCAAAACAUUAGUGGUAGCAAUUUCCAAUCAAAUAGUAAUAUGGGUAAUUAAUACAAUAAUAGAACCGGUUAGAAGAGAUAGUACAAUAACUAUAACAACUAAGGAGGGACACAAACUUACAGUAGCAGUAACUCAAACAAUAAUAGCAGCAACAAUGGCAAUAAUUAUAACAGCAAUUAACAACUUAGCAACAUAAGCAAUAGUAAUAAUGGGGGUGUGACAUAAAAUAAUCCAAAAUAUUAAAGUAGAGAUAAUAUGGGUAAUAGCGGAACCAAUAACAAGAGUUACAACAAUUAAGGAAGUAAUUACUACAAAUAGAAUUAGGGAUAGCAAUAGCAGUAAAAUUAGAAAGGCUAUCCAAAAAAUUAAGAUAACAAUUUUAACAAAAGAAAUCAUCCUAAUAAAUAUUAGCAAGAUAUUAAUUCAAAUACUUAUCCUAAUGUCAGCAGCAGUAAUAUGAAUAAUAUAAAUUACAAUAAUCAAAAGCCUUAUUAACAAUACUAGCAGAAUUCUUAGAAUUAAUCAAUCAACAAUAUGAACUACAACAACAACAACAAUAAUCAAGGUAGCAACUCUCAAUAACAUUAUAAGGAAAAGCAAAAUGAUUACCAUCACAAUAAUAGACAUAGUUCCUAUGGUUAAAACUAAAUUUAUGUGUAAAAAUAAGAUAGUUUCUAGGAUAAGUAGCAAGGUCAAGACAAUUAAGAAAAUUCAGUCAAGCAGGGUAGCUCUAGAAAUCAAUCACUUUCAUCUACUGAUAGAAGUGAAUAGAAUGGAUAAAUUCAGUAAUAAGGAUAGUAGUAGUAUAUUUAAGGAGAUGACUAAUCUCAAUAGCUGACAAGUGCAUAGUCUUUUGAGCCAUAGUAGCAGAAUUUUAAUUAAGGAGAACUUAUCUAAAACUAAAAUCAAAAUUAAAUAAAUGAAAGCACUCCAGAAAAUCUUAAAACAAAUGAAGAGGCUUAGAAAAACGAAAAUCAUUCUUCAAAUAAUUUAGCGGAAUAGUAGGAACCUGCUUAAGAACCUUCCUUAUAAGUAGAAGCUUAAGAAAUUGUCUAAGAGUAGGAGAUCAUGUAAGAGCCUACUAUUGAAGAAUAAUAAAAAAUAGCAGAAGAGUAAAAGAAAUUAGAAGAAGAAGCAGAAAAAAUAAAACAAGCUGAAGCCGAAAAAGAAUUAAAAGCUUAAGCAGAAAAAGCAUUACAAGAAGAAAUUAAAAGAAAAGAAGACAUGGAAGUCCUUAAAGUUGUUGAAUUUUCAAGUGAAUGGGUUAUAUGGAUGUGCUUUAGUCCUGAAUAAUAAAACUAAAAUACACACUAAGAUGAAAAGACCUUUUUCAAAAAUAAUCAAGUAGUUUUUUCCUUCAAAAAGCUUAGAGAUUUAUGUCUCAUCCUCCAAGACACUCGUCUUAAAAAGAUAUCAGAUUUUUUCACAUUUAGACAAAUUAAAAAGUUUUAAUAUGAUGGUGAUGAAAAAAUGAGAACUAUAGAUGCCAUUUCAUUUUUCAAAAAAGGAAUUAAGCCUAUUUGGGAAGAUGAAAAUAACAAUAAAGGUUAUGAUUUAUAAACUAAAUUUGUUGGAGCUAAUCCUGAUGAAAUAGACAAUAUUUAUGCUUAUUGUCUUACUGUAGUUUUAAGUGAAGAAUUCCCCUACCAAGAAGAUAUGUGUGGAUUUAGAUUUGCUGAUAAAGGUAGUGCUAAGAAAAGCGGUGUUAGAUUAGAAGUUUGGUUUAAUGCAAUUGAUGAACCGAAAAGAGAUAGUAUACUAAAUUAUUUUGUUGAAUUAAUUGACAAAAUGUGGAAAUAACCAAUCUUCCAAUGGAAGUCCCAUUAAAAGUGA